AUGGGCCGCUCAUCUAUCCAUCCGUCGCAGAGGCGGUUUUCUUGCGAGCUCUGCAGGAAACACAAGUCGAGAUGUCAGCGCAUACAACGAUAUGACCUUAAAUGUGCACGUUGUACGAUACUUGGGGCAGAGUGUAUUAGAGGACAACAGAAGAAAGUCGGGAGACCAAAGCAAACGGCGGCUUCCGCCCAUGAUGCUUCCAAAGUCCCGGGUUUCAAGUCAAGAUCAACCGUCAAAGUGUCUCGAAGCAAAACAUUCGACCAGCAGAGCCAGCAGAGCCAAUUUAACUCUCCUGGAAGAUCUGGAGAGUCUCCUUCGUUCCCGGGUAUCCAUGACCAGGUAGGAUGGAGCAGCACAACCUCCCCAGCGGCGGCGCCAGUACUAGCACCAUCUAGGGUAACGGCGUCGUACGAUGCAUCUGUCCCGACGCCAACCAUUGGAAUGAGUUCAUUUUGCCAGGGCUUGCUUUCUCCGAAUACUACCAAUGCUUCUCAUGACGACUAUCCCUUGUUGUGCUUCGGCUCGGCCGCCUUCGACUCCACAGCCGUAGAUGCUCUCUCGCUCGUUAGGGUCGUCAAUAGCGUCAAUUGCACCCCGACUACCCUGAUAGUACCGGGACAAGAACGUCCAGUGGGUGGUAUAGAAAUCUCAGACGCCAUAGCCAAGCUUUCCAAGAUCAACCUCGACUUACACAUUCGCAUGGCGGCUAUCGAAAAGAACAGGAUGAUCGUAGACUUAAAUAGCCUCAUCUAUCGGGAAAGCCCGUUGUUUAUAGAAAACGAUACGGUGGCCGUAUUCAUGCUCAAGACAUCACAAGACUUUGUCCUGAUACUGACGCGGCUCCUCAACAGUCGGCAUUGUCUUCCAGAGCCGGUGCCGCCACGAUUGCAAUCCUACCAGUAUAACUACCACAAUUCGACCCCAGCAUCUUCUUUGCCCUACCCCUCCGUCGCCUCGCAACCUUUGUUAACUCCGCUCGCCUUAGCCAUCACAAGCAUCUUCACGCAGCUCAUCUCCCUCUGCGAGUUGUUUCUUGAGCACCUCACUACACGCAUCGAACGACUCUCUACCAACCCCAUCGCACCUAUCCCAGGCAUUACAUUUGGAGGGUCGCCUCUGGCGGAACCAUGUAUGCAGGGCAUGCUCUUCUCGAACGGCGUUGUUCAUCUCCUGGAGACAAUGGAGCGGGUUCUAGGCAUCAGUGAGCCUGGGAGCAGUAAAGUGGGUUUGCUAUCGGCCAGACAGAUUGAGGUACUUUGGAGUGAGUUAGAUGGACGAGUUGGUGUCACUCGUGAUCAUGGCACUAUGCGGCCUGCUCAUGUGAAGAACCUGCUUCAAAGAAUAGCCACUGUACUUAGCCGUCUCUCUAUGUCAAAUAAAUGA